CUUAAAUGUAGAGAUCUUUGCAUGGUAGUGUAUAGGAACAACCAACACCACUUCUCUCAUGACGCCCCUCCUUUCACCUUCUCUUUCAGCUAUAAUUCCAGAGUCCUCUACGUGUUUCUAAGAGCAGAGAAAAUGAGUAUCUCUCUGGUGUUGGUGUCCUUUGAGGACGUGGCUGUGGAUUUCAGCUUGGAAGAGUGGCAGGACCUGGACAGUGCUCAGAAGACCUUGUACAGGGAUGUGAUGCUGGAGACCUACAGCAGCUUGCUGUCCUUGGGGCACUGCAUGACCAAGCCUGAGGUGAUCUUCAGGUUGGAGCAAGGAGCAGAGCCGUGGACAGUUUGUGAACCCUCACACCGGAGCCUCUCAGAUGUCCAGAAAGUGGAUGACCCAAUCGAGAGGAGCCAUGAAAGUCAAAAGAGACAUUUGUGGCAAGUUGUGAUCACCAAUGGCAACACAUUACCUGUGGAGAAAGUUGAAUUAGGAAAAACAUUUAAUUUGAGUUCAAACCAUAUUUCAAAACUGAUGAUAAAGGAUAGAAACUAUUCAGAAAUGAUGUCUAAAGAACUCAACUUACAUCAAAAUGCACUUCUCCUUAGUGAGCCUGAUGAGAUGCUAACUGGAAAGAAUCCUGAUGACUGUCAUAUAGCUGAGAAAUCCCACAGGUGUUCUGAGUGUUUUAGUCAGUAUCACAAGUUUCAAACUGGACAGCAGCCUUUUGAAUAUAGUGGACAAGAGAAAGCCUGCCACAUAGAGGCAGCAUUAUUGACACGUCAGAGGGUUCAUAUGGGAGAGAACUCCUGUAAAAAUAAUGAAUAUGGGAAAGCCCAUGGUAAGUCAGCUCUCAUUGCCCAAGAGAUGAGUGAGGUAUGGAGAAAAACUUUGGAACGCAAUGUACGUGGAAAAACAUUCUCUAGGAAGUCUAAACUCACUAGACGUCAGAAAUUACACACACGAGAGAAACUUUAUACGUGCACCAAAUGUAAGAAGCCCUUUACUAGCAAAUCAGCCCUAACGGGGCAUCAAAGGACACAUACAGGGGAGAAGCCAUAUGCAUGUAAUGAAUGUGAGAAAUCCUUUUCUCAGAGAUCAAUCCUUACAAUGCAUCAGAGAAUACACCGAGGGGAGAAGCCCUAUGGAUGUAAUGAAUGUGGAAAAACCUUUUGCCAGAAGAUAAAUCUCAUCAGGCAUCAGGGAACUCACACGGGUGAGAAACCCUAUGAAUGUAAAGCCUGUAGGAAAACUUUCUAUGAUAAGACAGCCCUCACUGUCCAUCAGAGAACCCACACUGGCGAGAAACCCUAUGACUGUAAAGCCUGUAGGAAAACUUACUAUGCUAAGUCAGCCCUCAUUGUCCAUCAGAGAACUCACACAGGUGAGAAACCGUAUGAAUGUAUCAAAUGUGGGAAAUCUUUCAACUAUAAAUCAAUCCUCAUAGCACAUCAGAGAACGCACACAGGGGAGAAACCUUAUGAAUGUAAAGAAUGUAGAAAAUCUUUCUACUGUAAGUCAGUCCUCACUGUACAUCAGAGAACUCACGUAACAGAGAAACCCUAUGAAUGUAAGGAGUGCAAGAAAGCUUAUCACAGGCAGUCAGACCUCGCUGUACACCAGAGAGUUCACACAGGAGAGAAACCUUAUGAAUGUAAAGUAUGUAGGAAAGCUUUCCACAGGAAGUCAUAUCUCACUGUGCAUGAAAUAACUCACACUGGUGAGAAAUCAUAUGAAUGUAACAAAUGUGGGAAAGCUUUCUACCAUAAGUCCACACUCACUGUACAUCAGAGAAGUCACACAGGGGAAAAACCUUAUCAGUGUAAUGAAUGUGGAAAAAUCUUUUCCACGAAUUCAAGCCUCAGCAGGCAUCAGAAAACUCACACAGGAGAGAAACCUUAUAAAUGUGAAGCCUGUACAAAAACUUUUAACCGUCAGUCAUCCCUCACUGUUCAUCAGAGAAUUCACACAGGAGAGAAACCCUAUGAGUGUAAUAAAUGUGGAAAAACCUUUUGUCAAAAUUCACAACUCAAUAGACAUCAAAGAACUCACACACGGGAAAGAAAUCCUGUAUGGCAGACUGACUAGUGUUUUGCUAAAACAUCCUCCUUUCUCUGGAACUACAUUUAGCCUGCAAUUCUCAGCUUUGUAUUAUUGCAGGCAGAAUCGUGUUACAGCUCUGAGGAGUAUGUACACAGUAAUGUUCAUUACUUCCGUGCCUGGCAACCAAGAAGUUCAUGUGUUCCCCCCGAUUUCUCAUACCUUCUUGGACUGAAGUUCAGAUGACCUCCUGGAUGGCCUUGGGAGCCAUAGGUGGGAGGUCAGUGUGAUUUAAUGCAGAAGGGAUUGAUUUGGAGAACAAAGAUGUUUCCACCUCUGCUCCAAAAAUCUCCAUUUGUACUUAUGUGAAUGAGAAAUAAAUACCUACUUUUUUGAUUAAUUGUAUGUGUAAUCUGUUUACAUUAUAAUAUAACCAACCCACUGUAGCUAAA